GUUGUAGGUUUGACAAGAAGAUUGUCAAGCAAUGUGAAAAGAAGAUUACAGAAAUGGAAAAGGAGAUUAAAAAACACAAUCAAAUUUACAAGAAAUUGCAGGAUCAGCAAAAGGUGUGUUGGCUUGCCAACAGAAAAGUUACAUACAAGUUGGAUACUUCAAAGAAGAUAAAUGAUUACAUAAAAGAAAAUUUAAGUGCUCAUGAAGAACGCACAACACGAAAAGCAGUAAAUAAAGUUCAGAAACAUCUUCAGGAAACAUUAAAGCAAGCGAAAAGGACGGAACAAAAAUACCAAAAUCUUCUUGAACAGGAGUCCAUGACAAGAUCAUCUGUCAAAAAGCUUGAACAAGACAUAGUCAAAAUGAUUGAAUUCCAAGUGAAUGAUAGGACACAAGAUUUAACAGCCGUGUAAGUAAUUUUCAUAUGAACUGAUGAACAGUCAAAUAUGUAUUUGUUAAUUAUCAUUGAAGUAUGUUGACCUUUGAUUUUCUUGUUACUUUACUGUCACUUGCAUCUUUCCUACAUCUCUUUCUCUCCAUGUACCAAUACGCAACAAUGACAAAAAGACAAAAGGUUUUCAAAAUAUCGAUAACAAAUGUCUUGAGUCAGCAAAUAACCAAUACACGAUCAUCAAAAGUGCAAACGGUAAAUGUUAACUGUCUGACUGGCUGUCUGCAAGGCAAAUGUGAAUCACAAAAUUAAAAACUAUUGUAAAAAAAAAACAGAAAGAAAAAGGAUAAGAGAGACUAUAUUAAAGCCAAAACGAAGAAUGAAGAUUUUACUAUGUAAAGGACGAACCAAAAGACGGGCAUGAAAUG